CCAGAAAAAAAUUACUGCUGUUUAUGGUAAUAACAGUCCCUGAGACUUAGCUGUGAUCAGUAUGUUCAUGAUAUAGCUGUUCCUAUUGAAGCUUUUGACAACAGGUGGCGUUCUGGGCCUGCGGAGUCAGAUGAGUAAACUGAAGGACAGAGAAACUAAGUAACUUUCGUCAGAUGAGAUUCAAACCCUGGCAUUCCAACUCCUGAAUAACCAUUAAUCUAUACGUAGGAAGAAAACUGGAAGGAAGCGCAGUGUUGAAAGUGCUUACCCUAGAAAGAGGAGGGGAGAGGGCGAGGGGAAUCAGUAAGUUUUCAUAUAUAUUUCUGUAUUGUUUGAAUCUUUUGCAAAAUGUGUUCAUCAUUUACUUACAUAUUUUUAAAAGAGAAAAAAAGUUUGGUGAGGAACUCACUUUUGUCCUGCUGUGUAAACAAAUUUUUAAGUAAUUUUUAUGUAAGAAAAAAUGUGGAGAACUUAUUUUCUUCAGACACGUUCUAGGUUUCUCUACUGAAAUUGUGUGAGAAGUUUGAGGUUUUUAUGUUAUCUCUUAUGGUUUUUACAUUUUUUGAUAUUACACUGAUGAACCAUGUACUGAUUUCAUUAUUGUAGAUAACCAAGUUACAUAUUAAUUGUUAAUAAUAUUUUACAACCUCAGCUGUAGUUAUAAAGUAGGUAUUCCAAAUACUUCCUAACAGUUCCUUGAAGAUGGAACUGGCUUGGCGUUUAGUCUUUAUUUCCCUCCUAAGUUUUUCGUGCUGGGGCUUAGACUGGGAAUCUGAUGGAAACUUCAUUUCAGCUGCUGGUCCUCUAACCAAUGAAUUGCUACACAACCUGAGGGGUCCACUGGGAAACCAGGGUUCUCACUUUGGAGCAGGGGACAAAGAAAUUUAUGUUUGUCACCAGCCACUGCCCACUUUCCUGCCGGAGUACCUCAGCAGUGUUCAUGCCUGUAAGAUCACCCAUUAUAAAGUAUUUCUGCCAUGGGCACAACUUCUCCCAGAAGGAAGCUCCAAGAACCCAGACAAGGAAAUGGUGCAGUGCUACCGGCAACUCCUUGAGGCCCUCAAGACUGCGCAGCUUCAGCCCUUGGUGGUCCUGCACCACCAGACCCUCCCUGCCAGCACCAUCCAGAGAAGUGAGGCCUUUGCUGAUCUCUUUGCUGACUAUGCCACCUUUGCCUUCCACUCCUUUGGGGACCUUGCUGAGAUCUGGUUCACAUUUAGUGACUUGGAGAAAGUGAUAAUGGAGCUUCCCCACCAGGAAUCAAGAUCUUCACGUCUCCAGAUCCUCACUGAUGCCCACAGGAAAGCCUAUGAGAUUUACCAUGAAAAAUACACUUCUCAAGGGGGAAAGCUUUCUGUGGUCCUACGAGCUGAAGUGGUCUCCGAGCUCCUGCUAGAACCGUCCACAUCUGCGCUUGCCAAGGAUGCAGUCGACUUCCUCUCUCUUGAUGUGUCUUAUGCAUGCCAAAGUGAAGCAAGUUUAUUGCAGAAGCUGAGUAAAUUGGAGACUAUUGAGCCAAAAGUGAAAGCUUUCAUCUUCAGCCUGAAGCUCCAGGACUGCCUCUCCACGAGGGAGAACCCAGCAGAAAUGCUCUUUAGCCUUCUCGAAGCCAUAAAUAAUAACCAAGUGCACACCAUUGGGUUUGAUAUUAAUACAUUCCUGAGCUGUUCAUCAAGUUCCAAGAAAAGGUCUUGUUCUCUGAUUGACAGCCUGGCCCUUCAGACUGCCCUGGAGCUAGACGUGGAGACAGCAGGAGACUCCUCGCCACCCCACUCAGCUUAUCAGAGAGUCUGGGGAAUGUUUGCUGACCAGUCCAAGGCAGAAAGGGAUGCUUUCCUGCAGGAUGUUUUCCCUGAAGACUUUCUCUGGGGCGUCUCCACAGGAGCCUUUAAUGUGGAAGGAGGCUGGGCUGAGGAUGGAAGAGGGGCAAGCGUCUGGGACAGUUUCAAGCACCAGAACACUGCCAAGGGCCAAGCAACGCCAGAGGUGACCAGUGACAGUUACCACAAGGUGGACACCGACGUUGCCCUGCUUCGAGGCCUCCGGGCCCAGGUCUACAAGUUCUCCAUCUCCUGGUCCCGCAUCUUCCCCACUGGGCAGGGGCACAGCCCCAACCUCCAGGGCGUCACUUACUACAACAAGCUAAUUGACAGCCUGCUGGACUCACACAUCGAGCCCAUGGCCACACUGUUCCACUGGGACCUGCCUCAGGGCCUGCAGGAUCGAGGCGGGUGGCAGAAUGAUAGUGUGGUGGACGCCUUCCUGGACUAUGCGGCCUUCUGCUUCUCCACUUUUGGGGACCGUGUGAAGCUGUGGGUGACCUUCCACGAGCCGUGGGUGAUGAGCUAUGCAGGCUACGGCACUGGCCAACACGCGCCGGGCAUCUCUGACCCAGGGGUGGCCUCUUUUAAGGUGACUCACUUGGUUCUCAAGGCUCAUGCCAGAGCGUGGCACCACUACAACAGCCACCAUCGCCCACAGCAGCAGGGGCGUGUAGGCAUUGUACUGAAUUCAGACUGGGCAGAACCCCUGUCCCCAGAGAGGCCCGAGGACCUGAGAGCUUCAGAACGCUUCCUGCAAUUCAUGCUAGGCUGGUUUGCACACCCCAUCUUUGUGGACGGAGACUACCCAGCAGCCCUGAGGGCCCAGAUCCAAGAGCUGAACAAACAGUGCCCCAGUCCUGUGGCCCAGCUUCCUGAGUUUACUGAGGCAGAGAAGCAGCUCCUGAAAGGCUCUGCUGAUUUCCUGGGUCUGUCCCAUUACACAUCUCGCCUCAUCAGCAAGACUCAACAAGAUACCUGCAUCCCCAGCUAUGAUACCAUCGGAGGCUUCUCCCAACACGUGGACCCUUCAUGGCCCCAGACUGCAUCCCCUUGGAUUCGUGUGGUGCCCUGGGGUAUAAGGAGGCUGCUGCAGUUUGUAUCCUUGGAAUACACAAGAGGGAAAGUUCCAAUCUACCUGGCUGGGAAUGGCAUGCCCAUAGGGGAAAGUGAAGAUCUCUUCAAUGAUUCCUUGAGAGUCAACUACUUCAACCAGUACAUCAACGAAGUGCUGAAGGCUGUCAAAGAGGACUCGGUGGAUGUUCGAUCCUACAUCGCUCGUUCCCUCAUCGAUGGCUUCGAAGGCCCCUCUGGGUACAGCCAGAGGUUUGGGCUGUACCAUAUCAACUUCAAGGACAGCAGCAGGCCAAGGACCCCCAGGAAAUCUGCCUACUUUUUCACCAGCAUGAUCGAAAAGAACGGUUUCCUCACCAAGGUAGUAAAAAGACUGCCAUCACCCAGUGUAGCAAAUGUUCCUCGGAAAAUCAGAGCCUUCAAUUUUCCGUCCGAGGUGCCCUCCAAGGCUAAAGUAGUUUGGGAAAAGUUCUCCAACCAGCCCAAAUUUGAAAGGGACUUGUUCUACCACGGCACAUUCCGGGAUGACUUUCUGUGGGGGGUGUCCUCAUCAGCCUAUCAGAUUGAAGGAGCUUGGGAUGCUGACGGCAAAGGCCCCAGCAUCUGGGAUAACUAUACCCACACACCAGGGAGCAACGUGAAAGACAAUGCCACUGGAGAUGUAGCCUGUGACAGCUAUCACCAACUGGAUGCUGAUCUGAAUAUGCUUCGAGGUUUAAAGGUGAAGGCCUAUCGCUUCUCCAUCGCCUGGUCUCGGAUUUUCCCAACUGGGAGAAACAGUUCUGUCAACACACAUGGUGUUGAUUAUUACAACAGGCUGAUCGAUGGCUUGGUGGCAAGCAACAUCUCUCCCAUGGUGACACUGUUCCACUGGGACCUGCCCCAGGCCCUCCAGGAUAUUGGAGGCUGGGAGAAUCCUUCCUUGAUUGAGUUAUUUAACAGCUAUGCAGACUUUUGUUUCCAAACCUUUGGUGACAGAGUUAAGUUCUGGAUGACUUUUAAUGAGCCCACGUACCAGGCAUGGAUGGGGUAUGGCUCAGGGGAUUUUCCCCCAAAUGUGAAGGACCCAGGCUGGGCACCUUACAGGAUUGGCCAUGCAAUCCUCAAAGCUCAUGCCACAGUCUAUCACACUUAUGAUGAGAAAUACAGGCAAGAGCAGAAGGGGGUCAUCUCUUUGAGCCUCAGUACACACUGGGCAGAGCCCGAGUCACCAGGGGUCCUCAGGGACGUGGAGGCAGCUGACCGAAUGCUGCAGUUCUCACUGGGCUGGUUUGCCCACCCCAUUUUCCGAAAUGGAGACUAUCCUGAUGCCAUGAAGUGGAAAGUGGGGAACAGGAGUGAACUACAGCACUUAGCCACCUCCCGCCUGCCCAGCUUCACUGAGGAAGAGAAGAGAUACAUCAGGGCUACGGCCGAUGUGUUCUGCCUCAACACCUACUCCUCCAGAAUUGUGCAGUAUGCAACACCCAGCUUAAACCCACCCUCCUACGAAGACGACCAGGAGAUGACCCAGAAGGAGGACACCUCCUGGCCUUCCACAGCACUAAACAGAGCUGCAUCCUGGGGGAUGCGAAGACUGCUCAACUGGAUCAAGGAAGAGUAUGGUGACAUCCCUAUUUACAUCACUGAAAAUGGAGCGGGGCUGACCGAGCCUGACCUGGAAGAUACCAAUAGGAUAUUUUACCACAAAACCUAUAUCAAUGAAGCUUUGAAAGCCUACAGGCUUGACGGUGUCGACAUUCGAGGAUAUGCUGCAUGGUCUCUGAUGGACAACUUUGAGUGGCUGAAUGGCUACACAAUCAAGUUUGGAUUGCACCAUGUUGAUUUCAAUAACGUGAAUAGGCCUCGCACAGCAAGAGCCUCUGCCAGAUACUACAGGGAGGUAAUCACCAACAACGGCAUGCCGCUGUCCAAGGAAGACGAGUUUCUAUAUGGACAGUUUCCCAAGGGCUUCAUCUGGAGUGCGGCUACUGCUGCAUAUCAGAUCGAAGGUGGGUGGAGAGCAGAUGGCAAAGGACUCAGUAUUUGGGACACGUUUUCACACACACCACUAAAGAUUGAGAACAAUGACACGGGAGACGUGGCCUGUGACAGUUACCACAAGAUUGCCGAGGAUGUGGUUGCCCUGAAGAACCUGGGCGUGUCCCACUAUCGCCUUUCCAUCUCUUGGACUCGCAUCCUCCCUCACGGAACCACCAAGUACAUCAAUGAAGCAGGCCUGAACUACUAUGUGCGGCUCAUCGACGCGCUGCUGGCUGCCAACAUCCAGCCCCAGGUGACCAUUUACCACUGGGACUUGCCCCAGGCACUCCAGGAUGUCGGAGGCUGGGAGAAUGAGACGAUUGUGCAGCGGUUUAAGGAGUAUGCAGAAGUACUCUUCCAGAGGCUGGGGGACAAGGUGAAGUUCUGGAUCACACUGAACGAGCCCUUUGUCAUUGCUAACCAGGGCUACGGCUAUGGCACAGCAGCUCCAGGAAUCUCCUUUAGGCCUGGCACUGCCCCCUACAUCGCUGGCCACAACCUAAUAAAGGCUCAUGCUGAGGCCUGGCAUCUGUACAACGAUGUGUACCGUUCCAGUCAGGGUGGCAAGAUUUCCAUCACCAUCAGCAGCGACUGGGCUGAGCCUCGAGACCCCUCCAACCAGGAGGAUGUGGAGGCAGCCAAGAGAUAUGUUCAGUUUAUGGGAGGCUGGUUCGCACAUCCUGUUUUCAAGAAUGGAGAUUACCCUGAGGUGAUGAAGACACGAAUCCGUGACAGGAGCUUGGCCGAAGGCCUCAACAAGUCUCGGCUCCCCGAGUUCACGGAGAGUGAGAAGAGGAGGAUCAAUGGCACCUAUGACUAUUUUGGAUUCAAUCACUACACCACUGUCCUGGCCUACAAUCUCGACUAUGCCUCUUGGAUCUCUUCCUUUGAUGCAGACAGGGGCGUUGCCUCCAUCACAGAUCGCUCUUGGCCUGACUCUGGCUCCUUCUGGCUGAAGAUGACACCUUUUGGCUUCAGGAGGAUCCUGAACUGGUUAAAGGAGGAGUACAACAACCCCCCGAUUUAUGUAACAGAGAAUGGCGUGUCCCAGCGGGAAGAAUCGGACCUCAACGACACUGCAAGGAUCUACUACCUCCGCAGUUACAUCAAUGAGGCACUCAAAGCUGUGCAGGAUAAGGUGGACCUUCGAGGAUACACAGUUUGGACUCUGAUGGACAACUUUGAGUGGGCUACAGGCUUCGCAGAGAAGUUCGGUGUGCAUUUUGUGAACUACACCAACCCUUCUCUGCCAAGGAUCCCCAAAGCAUCAGCCAAGUUCUACGCCUCCGUAGUCCGGUGCAACGGCUUCCCUGACCCUGCUGCCGGGCCACACCCUUGUCUCCAGCAAGAAGGUGCUGAGCCCACUGUCAGCCCCGUGGAAAAGGAGGGCGUUCAGUUCCUGGGGCUGACGCUGGGUACGACAGAGGCCCGGACAGCGCUGUACGUACUCUUUGCUCUUAUGCUUCUUGGAGUCUGUGUUGUGGCAUUUCUGUCCUAUAAGUACUGUAAGCGCUCCAAGCAAAAGAAAACACCAUCAGGUGAACAGGAAUUGAGCCCUGUUUCUUCAUUCUGACCCACAAAUUACCACCUCCUCCAGUUCUGCAAAACAGGCCUAGUUUCUUUGCAAGCCUUUGCCACCCCCAGGAUUCUGUACGAUCUUAUACGCUGCCCAUAAAGGACUUCUUUGUAAAAGCCUCUGCUCUGUUAGAGACUAAUCUGAUCUUGAAGGAUUUCAAGUCCCUCAUUAAGGUAGAAACAUCACCAUCUUGCCCCAAUAUCAGGAAUUCGUGUGGACAUUAGAUGACCCUGCAAGUGGCUCUUGUGGAAACAUGUAGAUACUGAACUCGUCUGUCUACUGGUUCCGUGAGCCACUUAAUUCAACUUAACUGGGCUGUUUUAAUUUUCAGAGAUUUAAAAAGUGAAAACGUGAGUAAAAACCAUAGCAAUCUUUUUCAUAAAAAAUCAACUGCAGUGUCACCUCCUGCCCUCUCUCUUCAAGCUCCUUCCCAGCCUCUUACCUUGUGUUUCUCAGAAACUAAAAAAUGAACUGUUAACUGUAUCCUAUCUCCUAUGGGUGCUUCUCCUUGAGAAAGUUAUGAAGCCACACAACCCAUUUAGGGUUUCUAAGCUUUUCCAUCAGACCCAGACCUAGAGUCCUUUAUGUCUUUACAAAUACUAUUCCUUCUGCCUAGGGUCUCCUUUCUUCUGAAAAAUGCUUUUUAGUCUCAGCUUAAACAAUGUACUUUUCCCUCUGGAUGGCUGCCCUGAAUUCCGCAGAGUCCCUCCUUCCUCUACUUUGCUUGUAAAAUCCCCUGUUCUAGCUUGACCACAUUAUACUGGAACUGCCUAUUUCUCUAUUGGCUUCUUGAGGCCAAGAGACCAUGUCUCACUGCCUGUGGCAAGCACACUCUAGAGACAGGGCAGAGAAAGCCACCUGCUCCUUUUGUGUGUUUGUUCACAAAACAUACACAGAGUAGUCGUGGGAGCAUAGAAAAAGAUGUGGUCUUUAUCAGUUCCCCUCAAAUGUGCUAAUGAGACCACCAUGGCUUAAAAACUUAUUUGGUCUAUAUAUUCUUUCUAGAUAACUGGAAAAAAAAAUUUUUUAAAAGUAGUUUUCAACUGGUUUUAAAAGGGUGAUUAUGCUUGAAAUUUCAUUUCUCAUAAGCAUUCCUACCUGAAUUGUAUCUACAGCAAAUUCUAAUUAAAAUGUUCCACUGUGACGGCCCCCAACCUGACAUUCAGAAACCUGUCGUGCACAAGCAUUUUUCUCCCACUGAUUGAUAGGAAAAGUUUAUCAGAUGAGGUGAGAGUGAUUCUAAAAUUGUAUUAGACAUUUCUUGGGCAAAAAGAUUCACUCAGUAUUAUAAGUUGUCAAUUAUACCUCAAUCUCAAAAUUCAAUAUAACUUUUCUUGGGGAGAGACAUGGAAAAAAAAUAAUAUAAAGUUUACAUGAAAUAAACUUGAGCCAGGAUAAAUGUGGGGGGAAAAGAAUAGUAAGGCAAAGCUACCUAUAAUAAGUAGUUUCGUAGCAGAGAAAGAAUCAAAAAGAUCAACAAGGAAAAGAGUGUAGACACAAACCAGCUACAUGUGGAGACAUACGGAGUGCGCGACAGCAACGGCAUGCCAAAGGAGGGGGUCAGUCAGGGGAGCGGGAUGGUGGACCACUCCAUAAAUGGAGAUGUUAGCCUCAGGCAGGGGAAAGGAGCCACAACCCUUACUGGGAUACAAGAUGUACAUGAAAAAAAAACCAAAAAGCCAUGAAAAUGCUAGAAUAUAGAAUACAUGGGUGAAUUUCUUUAAAAUUACUUUUUAAAGUGGGAAAGGUAUUUUAUAAGCAAGAUUUAAGACCCAGAGGCCAUAAAGAAAUACACUGAUAAAUAUGACCACAUAAAAAUUGUGGCAAGAAAUUACCAUCAACAUACUCAUCAAAAGGAAGGGAGAAAAUAUUUACAGCAUAUAUUAGACAAAGGCUAAUUAGUGUACAAUUCUUAUAAAUCUAAUGAAAUUCUUAUAAAUCAAUAAGAAGAAGAUGAAAAACACGAAAUGAAAACUGGAAAAGAAAAUCAGCAGUUCUCAGAGAAUGAAUCGAAAUGACCAAUCAUAUUAAAAGAGGCUCAACUUCCUUCAUAACCAACACAAUGCACAUAAAAUGCAUAGUUUUUCACUUAGCACAUUGACAAAGAUGAGAAAGUAUAAUAUGGCAAGGGUGUGGGGAAAUCGGCAUUCUCCUACACUGUGAGUGGGGCUGUAACUCCACAGAGCCUUUUGAGAAGGCAAUUUGGCAGCAUCUUUUAUAAUCCAAACUGCGAGCAUCCUUUGACUCAGUGACUUACAGGUAUAUUUUCACAGCUGAGAUACCUUCCCAAAGAUGUUCACUAUAGCAAUGUUUAUAAUAGAAAAGCAGAAACGAGCCAAAAAAUUGUAAUAACCAAUGGACACCACCAGAAAAUCAGUAAAUUAGGGAACAUUUAUCAAGCAAAAUGCUAUGCAGGUACUAGUAAAAAUGAGGUGUGUUGAUGGGGAAAGACCUGUGUACAUAAAAAAGCAAGAUGCAGAGUAAUAUACAGAUAAUAUGAUCCCCUUUAAAAAAUAAAGACGUAUUUGCCUAUAUAUGCAUAAAAUUUUUCUGAAGAUUACAAAAGAAACUCAAUAGAGGAGACUAGAACUGGGGGUAGGAUGCAAAGAGGGAACCACUUUAUAGACUUCUAUACGGUUUUGAAUUUACCAUUUUUUUUUUAAUAUAAAAUUGAGGAAGGAUCCUCCUACUCAAAGAUUGUGAAUCAUUCUCUCAUGUAGUGUCUCUAAGAUCUGUAUUUGAUUUUUUCUUCAAGACAAACUUUUGAAAUCACAUACUACCUACCGUAUUUUUAAAGAUGAGAAGCCUUUACUUACAUGGGAUGCUUGCUGGAGAUGUUUCUUUUUCAAACUCACUUUUUAAAUUAUGGAAAUUGUAUGGUUACAAAAAAUUGAGAAGACACAUAAGGAUGCAAAAAAGAACUAAAAUUACACAUAAUCACUCAUUACUGUUAAUCUUUAGUGCAUUUUCCUUUUUCUUUACAUUAUGCCGAUACAUGGUACUAUCUCUAAAAAAUGUGUUUAUAAAGUUGAGAUCAUACUGUACCUACAGCUCUGUAUCCUGCUCUUUUCCCCACUUAAGUACUCAAUAAA